AUGGUGGUUACUAGCAAUGGAAAAUAUGAUUGGGCUAAAGAAGUGAAGGAAUUUGAUGAAACAAAAGCUGGUGUCAAGGGACUGGUGGAUGUCGGAGUAGCGAAAAUCCCUCGAUUCUUCGUGCAUCCGCAGGAAAGUUUGGCAACACCAGGUAAAACCGCCAAGAACGUUCAACUUGAGUUGCCCACAAUAGACUUUGAAGGGGCUAAAACUGGUGGUGCAAGGCGGAAGGAGGUCGUGGAGGAGAUUAGGAAGGCGGCCGGUAUGUGGGGCUUUUUUCGAAUAGUGAAUCAUUGUAUUCCAUUACAUAUAAUGGAUGCCAUGUUGGAAGCUGUUAAACGAUUUCAUGAACAACCAGUGGAGGAGAAAAAGCAUUUGUACACUGCCGACAGCAGGCAAAGAGUUGGUAAUUGCACCACAUUUACCACCAUUUUGCCGGUGCCUACAUCAAGAAAGGCAGUUUCUGCUGCUUCUAUCCCUGUUUGGAAUGAUUUGAUUCACAUGUAUGCCCCUGUAUUUUAUCAAUUGGAUAAUAAAGAGUUAGUGUCAUGGACAAUUAUUGGAUGGUUCAAGUUGUCCAUAAAGGCGGAAGUUAACAUGGUUCAGAGCAUUUCCUCGACUUCUAAUCCUGCAGGUGCAAGCUGUGAUAUAUUAAAAAGUGAUGAAACUGCCAGUGAAGUAGCUGAGUUAUAUGUACUGGGAACUCUCUAUUAUCUGAAGAGGAUCGUGGUUGUACGAAGACAUGACAAACGUGAGGAAAUUUUCAUGCUGUGCAAGAGAGAACCAGGUGAACAUUUUCAGAGGAAAUUGUUUUCGAUCAACAUAAUUUCAGAUCACAAAUGUUAUAUCCAUUAUUAUGCUAUGAGGGAUGUACUUAAGGGCUUGCAUGCUUCUUUUGAGAACAGAAAUUUGAACUAA